AUGAAGAUGGGUAUCAAAUGUUCGUUAAAUGCAGAAGAGUUUCCAGAGCCUUCCUUCAGCCUACUCAAGACUCAUGAUUAUAACAAAAGGCUCACUUUGAAUGUAGAUGGAUCUCACAUAAGUGGAGCAAAGAAUGUCUACUGUGAGUUACAUUAUGACGAGCCUCUUGAGCACAAGGUGCCAAACACAACAUACAGAACUAACAAAGAAUUCGAGACAAGUGCACCCUUGUCUCCGGUAGUCAACAGCAGUAGUGAUGAGGAAGAUUCCGUAGAAGGGCCCGAUUCUUUCUGGCCUAAUUUUCUAGAAAAUGACUUCAGCAUUCCUAGAAGUCCCUCAGAACAAUUUCAUAACUUGUACGCCUCCUUACUAUAUAGACCACCGAGGAAAGAAGUCCCAAUUGGACUGGACUACCAAGUUGAAAUCCUAAUGUGGGACCCGAAGGCCAGCCGGAGAAAUCUUUCGCCUUUCUACAAUGAACGAGAACUGGAGCUGAUGGGUAAUGGCAUUAUCCCUAUGCCUGACUUGACCCUAGAUGGGCUCAAAGCGGGCCGCGGGUGGCCCGACUGCUCUUGCCACGACAUGGGCUCCGUGAGAUGUGUGCAGCAACAUGUGAAGGAGGCAAGGGAUGAGCUGCUUGACUCAGUGAGCCCAGAUAAUUUCAUGAAGCUGGGAUUGGAAGAGAUGGGGGAGGAGGUGGCCCAGAGGUAG